AUGCUGGAAGAUAAAUACAAAAUAUGCCUUUCAGAAGUUAUUGGCAAAUUACAAAGUGUGGAACAUAUAGCUCUGACAACUGAUAUAUGGAGUUCAGACAGUCAAAAGAGCUUCAUAUGUGUAACUGCACAUUUUAUAAAUAAUUCAAAACUGCACUCUAUGGUAGUGUCGACGACUGAGCUCUCCCAACAUCACACUGCAUUAAAUAUUGCAAAUGCAUUGCGGACUACAUUAACAGAAUGGGAGAUAUACGAUAAAGUAGUUACGAUUGUAACUGAUAAUGCUUCGAGCAUGAAAAAAGCAGUCAAGGAUUAUUUACAAAAAAGGAACCAUUUCUGUGUCGCACACACACUAAAUCUUGCCGUUAAAGACUGCAUUAGCAAAGAUAGUGAGAGUGAGACGGACCAUAAUAGACAUUUAAAAAAUGCUGCAGUGCUGGAUAUUGUUUCAAAAAGUCGUGCAAUAGUAACCCACUUUAAACAGAGUAUUAAAUCAUCUAAUACACUUAGAGACAUGCAGAGCCAAAUGAACUUAGAGAUAAUUAAACUUAAACAAGACGUACAAACAAGGUGGAACUCUACUUUCUAUAUGUUUGAAAUAUUGUUAAAAGUCAAAGCUCCUCUAUCCGCUACUUUAUCACUUAUUGACUCACCUCCGCCAAACUUAAAUUCAACUGAAUGGCAGAUUCUGGAAGAUUGUGUGGCUCUUUUACAACCAGUGGAAAAAAUCAGCACCGUAUUAUCUGGGGAGUCUUACCCGACGCAGUCCAUCAUUAUUCCCCUAGUAAGAGGAUUACAGAGUGCUAUAAUAAAGAAGAGACCAAGCACUGAACCUGGAAAUCACUUACAGAGGUCAUUAUUGGAAAUUAUAGACAAAAGACUAGGUGUUUAUGAAUCGAAUCGGAGUGCAGCAAAGGCGACCAUUCUAGACCCUCGAUUUAAAAAAAAUGCAUUUGGGACCAUUAGUACUGCAGAAAAUGCAGUUAAAUAUGUAUUAGAGGAACUGGUUCAAUAUCAGCCAGUUCAGGGGUAA